AUGUAUUCUAGGGAAUACAAAUCUCGGAAGUCCAUUGUCAGAAUGGACCCGGACUGUGCUAUAUGCCAUGCCCCAGCCACCGUCCAAUGCGACUGCGAGGCUAAAGGCCUUGAGGUUGCUGUUCGUCAGGCUGAAUCAAAGAUGAUGCAAUCUAUGUAUAACGAUAUACGCACCUGGGUGCGAGCUCAUGCUCAAGAUUAUAUUCUCGAGUACUUCAGACUUCUCACAGAACGUCGAAAAUCUCAGCACCAGGCUCACCUAGAUCGUAUGACGCAGCAUGCAUACCACUACUACCAUGCGCCGCCACAUCCCGCUGAAUUUCAACAAGCUCAAGCAGCUUUGAAGCGUGGCAUUGAUGAAGACUGGCAGGCUAGCGUCCAACGGUACCCGGAGGUAUUGGAGUAUUUUUACAGCUUGGUUGAUUUCUCGCUACCUCCUGAUGACGAGAGUGUUGUCAAGGACCCACCUUUGAGUGCUCUCGAAGGAUCUCGUAAGGCGAGCCGGAGAAGCAUACCGGGACCCCUAGCGAGUGAUGCUUUCCAUGAGCGCGAGAGACCUUCACCACUGGUCCGAGGGCGAACACCACCAGCCAUUGAAAGACGCGGCGGCCGUACAACGGCACCGCCAAUGAGCGGUCUGGGUCCUCAUCCACCACCGCCUGGCUCGAGAAGGUCAGCGGCUUGGGGACCUCCUCCUCCUCCUCCUGCUGGAAGCUAUUAUGGAGGCAGGCCUCCAUAUUGA